AUGGCCUUCGUGACCUUCUGCGGGCUGAGGACGGGGGACCUGCGGCUGAUCGCUAGGACUGUGCUGCAGAAAAUUUUCUUGGAGAACCUCCAUCUGCAUGCAUGCGAGGUGCUGAAAGGGAGGCGAGCUGUUGUGCUCACCACCUUGCCGAGGCUCAUGGUGGAGGGAUUCUUGAAGAAGUACUUAGAGGUGGGGGAGGUGGUGGGGGCGGAGCUGCAGGUGGUGAAGGGCUGCUACUUCACGGGGGUCAUCUCUUGGCCUGACAAACAGAGAGCUCUCAGGGACAUGGUCAAGGCCGUUAAAAGUGAUUGUUUUAUUUUUCAAAAAAUUUAUGUCGUGAGAGAGGAGGAAUCAAGGAGUGAGAGCAGCAAAAUGCCGAGAAACAAGUACCCGAAGCCACUUGUGUUCCAUGACGGAAGACUGGCUUUUCUCCCGACGCCAUGCGAGAUGAUGGCGUUCUUCAUGUGGAUACCCGUGGCAAUCCCUUUGGUCGUGUUCAGGAUCGCGAUGGGGAUCGUUUUCCCUUAUAAAAUAUCCAUCUUCAUCGCCGCCGUCACCGGAAUCCGAUUCCGGAGGGCUGGAGAUGGGAAAGCGAACGGGGAGAAGAAGGGGGUGGUGUACGUGUGCACGCACCGGACGCUGUUGGACCCGGUGAUGCUGUGCUCGGCGCUGGAGAGGACGGUGCCGGCCGUGACGAUGCGGCGGCUGCUGGCGGUGGAGGGGGGCCUGGCGGUGUGCCCGGAGGGGACGACGUGCCGGGAGCCGUACCUGCUGCGGUUCAGCCCGCUGUUCGCGGAGGUGGCGGAGGAGGUGGUGCCGGUGGCUCUGGACGCGCGGGUGGGAAUGCUGUACGCUACCAAGGUGGACAGUGGUGACGGGAAGAGGGGCAGCGGUGGUGGCGCUAUGAGGCCGGCGGAGGUCGUGGGUAGACCACUAGCUGCCGCUGGAGGCAGCGGCAACUACUUGAAGGGGGCGGAGCCAGCGCAAAGCACCGCAGGGGGUGCAUGGUUGCAACACCCCGAAGGCCUGAGGUGGCGACGAUGUUUGACCGCUACUGCUUGCAGCGCCGACAGAUUGUAG